UUCGCGCGAUUGCGGUAACUGAGUGUAGUGUGAGCGCCAUUCGAUCGUCCGUCGGCAGCCCGGCUCGCACGUCUGUCGCAGUCGGCUCGAUAAACGCUGCCGCGUUAUCACCACUCUACCAUCAAUGGUGUUUGUGAAUAUCAUUACAGAACUUCGGCAACAGAACCAGUACCGGACGUAACCUCGCCAUCAGAAUGGAUAAAGAUCACGCAUUAGAGGAAAUGAUGGGGAAGUUGGGAGAUUUUGGGCGGUAUCAAUGCUUCCAGUUUAGUCUGCAUAUACUCGCCGCAUUGACUGCUGGCAUGCAUAUGCUCUCCUUGGUAACAGUUGCUGCCGUACCGGAACAUAGGUGCUGGAUUGACGGAGUAGAUACACAAGGCUCAACAGCAGCUUGGAAUUCAACGGAAAUUUUAGCAGCGAUACCACAGUCACCAACCGGUGCCUUAUCUAAUUGUUACAUAUAUGAAAACAAUGAAACCACAGCCUGUUCUAAAUGGGUUUAUGAUACAAAAUACAGAUCUUCAUCUCGUGCUAUGGAAUGGAAUUUAGUUUGCGAUAAGAGAUGGAUGGGAGCACUAGCACAGACAGUUUAUAUGUUGGGAGUAUUUACUGGAGCAGUAGUGUUAGGAGGAAUGGCUGACAAAUAUGGAAGAAAAAAAAUAUUUUGUUGGUCGGCUGUAUUGCAAUUAAUUUUUGGUGUAAUCGUGGCCUUUAUACCGGAAUAUUGGACCUUUUUGGUGAUAAGAUUUUUAUACGGAAUAUUUGGGUCAGCCGGUUCAUAUAUCACUGGCUUUGUAUUAACUAUGGAAAUUGUUGGACCUAGUAAAAGAACUGUAUGUGGAGUAGCAUUUCAAGGGUUUUUUGCCGGUGGUAUAAUAUUGGUUGCGGGAUGGGGUGCUCUUAUAGACAAUAGACAAGUACUGCAAGUUAUAUAUGGAUUACAUAGCCUUCUUCUAAUUCCACAUAUUUGGAUUAUGGAUGAAUCGCCACGUUGGCUAUGGGCUCAAGGUCGAGUAAAGGAAUCCGUAGAUAUUGUUGAAAAGGCUUUGAAAUGUAAUAGAUCUGAACACAUUUUAGACAGAGCUGAUUUAGUAUCGAGAGGAAAAGUUGAAGUAUCUAAAGGGACUGACGAUACUUCUAAAGCUGGUACGAUGGAUCUGUUUAAAACACCUAAUUUAAGAAAAAAGACGUUGAACGUGUGCUUUUCUUGGUUUGCUAAUUCCAUUGCCUACUAUGGUCUUACAUUAAGCACGGGUAAGCUGGAGGGAAACCCUUAUCUGAUCAUCGCUAUUAUGGGUUUCGUAGAAUUUCCAAGUUACGCCGCAGUUAUGUAUUUUCUUGACGUAUGGGGUCGUCGACCUUUGAUCAGCUCAAUGAUGUUGGUAGGGGGCACUGCGUGUGUAGUUGCAACUUUUCUUCCAGCUGGUAGCACAAUAUCAACGGGAAUUGUGAUUGCAGGAAAAUUAUUUAUAGCUGGAUCGUUUGCUAUAAUCUAUAAUUACUCAGCAGAAUUAUUUCCUACAGUUGUACGUAAUUCUGCUAUGGGCCUCGGGUCUAUGUGCGCCAGAUUAUCAGGUGCAUUAACACCUUUGAUUUCUUUACUAGAUUCGUUUAAUCCUAAAAUUCCGGCAGUAAUAUUUGGAAUUGUAGCACUAAUUUCUGGAUUCUUAUGUUUGUUUUUACCAGAAACUAUGGAUCAACCCAUGCCUCAGACAUUAGCUGAUGGUGAAAACUUCGGGAAAGGAGAUACAUGUUUUAGUAGUUGCACCGGCAAAAAAAGAAAUAAAACUUACACUGAAGAAGAUAAAAACGCUGAAUUAAUGGUUCCAUUAGAAGAUAUGAGUAAAAAAGUUUGAAAGAUGUGUUUACAAUUAUUUGGAACUAUACUAAUUGUAGUAAAUAGGUACCUAUGAAUAGGUAUGCCUUAGUAGAGAAAUUAAUCUAUAAAGACAAAAUAGUAUUAUAUAAAUAGGAAGGUACUUUACAUUAGAUAUUGACAUUAAAAUUGACGCUCUGUGGUCUUCAACAUAAGGUCGAGAUAUACAGAACUAUCUGUAACAAAAGAACCACCACAUAUUUCAAUUGUCGAAUCCCAAUUAAGUCAAGAAUGUAUCGGUUACAUAGUGAUUUAAUGUAUACAAAUAUUCUUGUGAUGUUUCUGAAAUGUUGUUUUGAACUACUUGUAUAAUCAUAUCUAGUAGAUAUAAAUGAUGUCAAUAUUUGAAUCAAAUAUCUAUGUAUUGUAUUUACCAAUGGUUCAAUAAUAUUUACGUUCAGUGUAUAACAAGUUGUAAAGUUAUGUUACUUAGUUAAGUGCCUCAUAAAGAGGUUAGGAUUUAAUUCUGGCAAGUUCCUACCAAAAUAAUACUAGUGGGUAAUUGUAUUUACCUACUGGACAAAACAAAGUGCUUUAUAAAUUGUGAUUCAAAAUUAGAGUAUUCUGUUAGUUUAUACAAAUAUAUUCUGUAAAUAUGUGCUUAUUAAGGAAUAUUAAAAUUGACAAGAACAUGUUCAUUAUUAUGAAA